UACUUACCAGUUCACUAAUAGCUAUUUUGGUGACAACACAAGCACAUGGUUCCUUCUUUUAGUCAUAGCUUACCCUCUUUUUAAGUCAACAUACCUUCAUUUUAGAGUGCCUGUCUGUGAGACUGUUGGAAUGUUCUCUCUGAAGAUGCAAGAGUUUUUGCUUGGUUUACUUUCUUUAAUUUUUAAUUUCAAAGGUUCAACAUGUUCAUCACGCUGGUCGAUGACUGUGCAGGCUCAGGUCAACGUCUCCAUGGGUCAAAGGGUGGUUCUCCCCUGUGUCUUCACACAUCCAAAACAAAAUAAUUACACCAGCAACAUCAAUGUCAGUUGGAUGCAGGAUAGCUAUAAAAACCCACCUUUUUUUAAGUGCAUUUUCUGGAACAACACAAAUGGGCAAGACAACUGCUCUGAUGCCAGACCACCAAAGCGAUUCUUUCUUCAUGGUAACCCCAGAAAAGGUGACAUUUCCUUGGGUAUCACUAACUUGCAAUUUACUGAUACCAAACAGUACUUCUGCAGGGUGGAGUUGAAAUAUGAUAGUUUCCUGAACACGACUGGCACAUUGCUUCAUAUCACUGCUCCAGCACAGAUCAUCAGCUUGGACCUGGACUCAGAGGCCACAGAUCAGAGUGGGAUGCUGACAUGUAUUGCUCAAGGGAAACCUUUGCCAGAUGUGAAAUGGUCCUCUUCAUCUGGCUCCUUGAAAGAUGUUCCCAAAAAUAGAAAUGACUACAGCAACUUCAUAGUCAUUAGUUCAGUCCCCUUCUCUGACCAGGAUGUGUACACUUGCCAGGCUGUGAACUUACUUGGCCGGGCUGAGAGAACAUAUCCUCCAAAGGAUUCUGGUCUUCUGUUGUGGUUUAGUGCUCUGGGAUCUUUGCUGUUGCUUGGCAUUGUGGUGUUUGUUGUUGUUAUGAUAACAAGACGACGAUGUUCGCAGAGAGCCGUGCAACAGCACAUGGAAAAUGUACAGACAGGUAAAACCUCCACUGAUCAAGACAAUGACACACCAGUCUAUGCCAAUGUCAAAUGUUACCCUGUUGGUGCGAAAAUGAACGAUGUCAAGUGAACUCAAUCAUCGUAGCUGAGUCCACAAUGAAAUGUAAAUGAUUAUUAAUAAAUGUUAUUCCAUUACCUUAAAUUAAUUGUCACUACUAGAGAAACUGAACAUGGAACUUUGAGUAUUGUGGAUUAUUAUAUUAAUAGUUUUCAUUUCCCUUUUUUCUUUAUGCUUUUUUAAAUGAACACACUACAGUGGUAUAAUACUGCUUUUUUUCUGUCUUUUUUUGACAAGAUGAUACACAUUUAUUACUACCAGCAGCACCAGUGAGCAAGGGCAGAGUUAGGGGGUCUCCUUCCUUCGGUCAGAUGACACGAACGAAACCACCAACACCCCUUUCUGAAAGUGAAAGUUGAGAUUUAGAGUAAAAAAGGACUUAAAUAUUUAUCUGUUUCUCACCCCCACCUAUCAUAUCGCUUCUGAAGAUAUGGAUUUAACCACUGGAGUCAUAUGGAUUACUUUUAUGUUUCCUUUAUGUGAUUUUUGGAGCUACAAAGGUCUGAUCACCAUUCACUUGAAUUAUAAUGAACUGAGAUAUUCUUCUAAAAAUCUUUGUUUGUGUUCAACAGAAGAAAGAAAGUCAAACACAUCUGGGAUGGCAUAAGCAUAUGUAAAUGUUGAGAGAAUUUUCAUUUUUGGGGUCAGCUUUGUUAACCUUUACGUGCAUGUAUAUAUGUGUAUUCAUUUGAGGUUUGUUUUCAGAGUCUGAAUCAACGUAU